AUGGCCAAUUAUAGCUUAAAGCGCUGUUUGAUAGCCUUGAGCAUUUCUUUAUUAUUUGGAAUUAAUUUGUCAAUACUGAACUUUACAGGUCCAUAUGUUCUUUUAGAUUAUGAAUUAUGUGGGACAGAAGGUUCUCUCUUAGAGAGGUCAAGUUGUGAAAAUGGAUCAUAUGCAAUGUAUAAGAUGACUCUAGCAUUCUUUACAGCAUCUUUACUAAGUUGUUUUGCAGUUAAAUAUGUCGUAGGAAGAAGCAGAAGUUUUGCACUUAAAGUGGCUUUAGUUCCUUUUGCUAUUGGUGGCAUUCUAUCCAGCUUUGCUCCAAACUUCACAGUAUUUUGUAUUGGGAGAUUUAUAAGUGGAGCUUCUUUAGGGCUCUCAGCUGCAUCAGUUACAUAUAUCUCAGAAAUUUCACCCAAACACAAAAGAGGUUUAUAUACAACUCUUUUUGGUCUAUUUAUACCAGGGGGUCAAACUUUAUCAUAUAUUUUUGGUGUAUUCUUACCGAUUAUCAGAUACCUGGAUGAAUAUGAUCUUGAAUUUUAUAUUCUUUAUUGCAGAUUAUUAUUCUUUAUUCCCACAAUAAUUUCUUUGAUUAUGAUUAUUGCAAUAAACUUUUAUUGUAAGGAAGAAACUCCCUGUUUUCUAUUAUCUAAAGGGAGAUUUGCUGAAGCUGAAGAGCUACUUCACAAGAUUUAUGAAGAUCCUUCUGUAGUAUCAGGUGAAAUGGAAUCUCUAUUAUCAAGUAAUAAGAAAAGUAUUGAGGAGGACAAAAUGAGCCAAAAUGUAUCAUAUUCAAUGUUAUUUAGUAGGAAGUACAUACUACCAACAUUCAUUACUCUUGUUAUUACUGUUGGAGUAAGUGGAAGUGGAAUUGGAAUUUUUGCUCAGAAAAUGAAUUCAUUGAUUGAGUCAGCUUCUGGUCUUCCCCAGGAAAAAGUUAUUUACAUAGUCAUUUUUACAUCAAUAUUUGAGACAAUAUCUUGUUUCUUUGGAGGGCAUUUGAUUGAGAAGUUUGGAAGGAGGAACGUUGCUAUUAUUGGUUCAGCAACCAAUUCAUUUUCUUUACUACUUCUUGGUCUUUUUACCAUUUUCAAAAACUACAUCUCCAGUAUAAUCAUUCCAGUUGUUUCAAUUAUCGUUUUCACUACUUUCCUUGCAUCUUUCCAGCUUGCUCUUUCACCAGUAUUAUGGGCAUAUGUACCAGAAGCUCUACCAACAGAAAUUCGCUCUACAGGAAUGGGUUUAUCAUCUAUUUUGAAUUGGCUCGUUAGUUUAAUUUAUAUACCACUUUCUUACAUUAUUUCGGAUUUGAGUGUCUACGCCCUCUCAUCCAUUUGUUGUGGUUUACUUUCUAUAAUUUGUUUCUUUUUUAUGAAAGAAACAAAGGGAUGUUCGGUAUCUCCGUAUGAGAAUAUUUCUGUUACUAAGAAUCCAGAUAUCUAA